UUCGAUGUGGGACGGAAAGUGGUUUCUGCUCGGGUGUUUGCCGUGUCAUCAGUAGAUUUGCGUUUUUGGAUCGUACAUUAAUUUACAGUGAAAAUAAGUGAUUAGCUACACAAUUACAGAAAGUGAUAGUGCCAAUCGCUAAAACAGCUUUCGCAUUUUCAUCACCUCUUUGGCGAGAUAGUGCUUUAAUUAUUAAAGUACAACGUCUUCUAGUGUAAUCGCAGUGUGUUUAUCUCUGUCAACAGCAGGGAUUGUCGGAACAUAAGAUACAACAGACCGUGCAUUUUAGUGUAUUGACAAUCAAACAUUUAAACCGAAUCGUUCGGAAACCAUUUCGGUAGGCAGAUUCGGGACAGAUUUUCUUACAAAUACAUAAAGUGAACAGUGAAGUUUCAAGCGCAGUGUAGGAUUUAAUUGUGAAUGAAGAGAACCAGAAACCCCUUAAAUUGGAUAAUUUGCUCUUGCAGUUCGUAACAGUAUCAGUGCUUUAUUUUUUGAAACUGCAUCAACGUUGGAGUGUAUGAUAUUGACGAAACAUAAACAUAGCAGAAACCGAUCCAAAGCGCAGACACUUCGGCCUCGGUGAUACGACGGCAAACUCCUGUGAACCAUUUUCGGCAUCCCACCAAAAGAAAGGGUCAAUCCCUUGAAAACCAAAAUAAAGUGCAAACAAAUAACGCCAGUGGAACAAGUGUAGAAAAUCUUUUUAGAAACCGGUAAAAAUUAAACGCAUGCGGAUGUGAGGAAAAGUUCUGGUUGAAAUUGAAGGCAAAGCAAGCUUUGUUUUAAUAAGAAGUUUGAAGUGCGCUAGAAAUUGAGAUACCGACAACACCUGAAACGCAAAACUGAAAGGAUAGUCAAACUUUAGUCAGAAAGGUUCUGCCGUUCGUGUGAAGCGGGCACUAAAUUUGACCGAAGUGAAAAAGCAGUGAAAAUCUACAGUGUUUUGAGUUUGCUGUUCUUCUUUUAAAUUUUAGUUUGAAAGUUGAGUGCUUUUGUUUCGUGAAAAGAUUCCUUGAACGAAGGACGAAUAUAACCGUGAUCGUGUGAUAUCAGUGGAUUUCCUGGUCCGGCAAAAUAAGCUCGCCGUUGACUUACUGGGCUAGAGCAAUAAAUCGAGAGUUAUAAAUUGCCAGUUUGCUGCCGCUUGUCUAACGUACACAUACGAAAAGGGAAGAAGGGGAUAGAACUUGUCCUUUUCGAUAUCUUUCUCUCGAGCUGUGCAGAGCAGCUGGGUCUGCUCACGGCAAAAUUGCAUACCUGCUAGACUUGUUAGUCCGGAGACAGAAUGGAGCGUGAAUCGAAUCCAAUGCAGCCGAUGUGUAGAUCAGGUUGUGGAUUCUACGGUAAUCCAGCACAGGACGGAUUAUGUUCAGUAUGCUAUAAGGACUCGUUAAGAAAAAAGCAGCAACCGCCAGUCAGUAGCACGCCAGUAUCUUCCAAUGCGCCACCGCCUCCGUCGGCCGUUUCUCCCGCUUCCUCCACCAACAUUGGCACCGUCGUCACGUCGCAGAGCUUUGCCAGCACAGCAGCCGCUGCAGCGGCUUCAGUGUCCGCAGUAACGAGCGCCACCUCAAUCUCAUCGCUCACAGUGACAAACACCGCACAACCUACAGUCCAGAGUGUGCUCUUUAGUACCGAAAAUAAGGAUAAAAUCGAUGACGAUAGUGGAACAAGCUGCAGUGGCGCAUCUAGUAAUCACUCCGAUGCCAGCGACGACAAAGACGGUGAUAAAGACGGUAAAAAGAAGAAGAACCGAUGUGUGACUUGCCGCAAAAAAGUUGGACUGACUGGCUUCGAGUGCCGAUGUGGUGGUCUUUUCUGCGCGAUACAUCGAUACAGUGAUAAGCACGACUGCUCGUUCGACUAUCGGGAGCUCGGCGCGGCGGAAAUUAGACGUAACAACCCGGUCGUAGUCGGAGAAAAGAUUCAGAAAAUUUGAACACUCGUGCCAUAUAUUAUCUGUCUAAUAUACAUCUAAUUCAAUUUAAUCUUAAUGAGAUAUAAAUAAUAUUAAAGGAGUCGAAAAGGAAAGUAAACAACUAAAUCAGACCCACACAGCAAAACAUGCAGAACCCUUAUACAUAUUACUACAAUAAUGAAAAGUUAAUACAAGCAAACAAUUAAUGCUAGUAAUUAUAUAUUUCAUACAUUUAAUGUAAUCGAAAAUGCUGAAGAAAGAGAUAUCCAUGUAUAUCAUUUCAGAGCAUUAAAUUCACAUCCACGGAAAAUGAUAUCGGAUUAAUGCACACACAAGUGUACAAACGAAUCGCGUAAUAAUCGCGUGUGCUCGUGCAUCUGUGCGUGUAUCCCAUUGGAAAUGUGUAUAAGGAUACUAUUUGCUGCAAUGUACUAUUUCCGUAUUUUCGAUAUUUUUUGUAUAGAUCCCCCUACUUCCCUUCAUUCUUAUGUAUAAAGUCAACCUCCUCACCCUCCAACUUCUAAUUUGCCUUGUUUUUUUUGCAAACUACAACAGGUUAGGAUAAAAAUACAAACCGCUAUCACCUACUACUACCUAGAAAUAAAGCAGAGAAGAAUCGAAAGAAAAAAACAAUGUUUAGCGAGUAUGUACUUUUUUGAUUAGGCGUGGUAGAGAUUAGGUGUUUGCUAUAUGCUGACGGAGCGACAAAACUUCUUCAGUCGCGAAAGGAAUAAAGAAACAAGCGUGUGUAUGGUAUGUACUAAUAGGUCUAUAUUAUAGGUAGGAUUCGAGCGAAACAGACGGAAAAGGAAAAGUUCAAUCCAGUCAUAGAAAACAGCAAGACAAACGUCUAAAUAAACUAACUACGAAAAGUAACUAAUCGUGUUUCUGGGCUCAGAACACAAACUGAAGAAGUAUAUUUUAGUAACAAAACAAAAAAUGAAAAAAUAAAAAAAUAUAAAUAAAAACGCAAAAACCACUGGCAGAUUUGGGUGAAACCAGACGUUUUCACGUGUAUAAAGAAAAGUGCGAAAAAGAUAUUUUUCAUUUAUAUUAAUUUUGUUUUUAUAAGUACAUCUAGUACAGCAUGGAGUUUUAAGAAUAUUGCAGAAACUUAUAAACCAUACUGUGUAAUCGCAGCAAUAUUUCAUAUGUUUUAAAGAUUGUAUCACAACUUUCUGAAUAUUGUUUAUUCAGUAACUGCUACAGUAUAUAUAGCGAAAAAAUGUUCUCUUGUACACGAUGCAAUCAUUACACCUUUCCCACGCUGGUUACAGCCUGCUCGAUUAGAAAGAGGGUGCCACCACGUUUGAAGCAGUGGACUAAUCAUAUCUUUAUUCUUUGGUAACGUGUAAUGCAUAACAUCCACUGGUCAUUCGGAUUAGUAGAAUAAACGCAAAUGAACGGCUGGAAAAGUGUAAAAGUUCUAGUCUUUGCGGUGUAAACUGAUAUUCACUUUGAGCCUUUCUGUUUCCGAAAACCGAUCUCAUUAUAAGACGGUUGGUCGAGCUGGUGACCUUUAUUCCCAUUAUUAUUCUUAUUCAUCACUAUAAUCGUGUAAUUCCGUACUGCUUUCUGUUGGAAUAGAUGAGUUGCUCUCGGCUUUUGCAGCGCUUAUAACGUGUUCUGUAUUAAAAUGAACGUGUAAAAAAUGGUUUCAAUUACUAUUGAUAAUGUUUCCAUUUUUUGCGGACGCUACCAAUUUAAAAAAGACAUGAAAUGAGCUAAAGAUAACAUAAAAUUUUAAUCACGUGGAGUGCCUAGAGAAAACAAAAAAAUGAGGUUUUAGUGCAAUUAUUUUACGUUUUUUUCUCUCACAUUUAUUGUUGUUCUCUGAAAGCUCCUAUUUUCUGUCAUCUUAACUGUUUUCAGUUAGCGUAUUGGACGCUCGUAUUAAUUUCGUCCACUGCAAUCCUCAACGUCCCACGAUGGCAAACAUCCUCGAAUGCUUAUUUUGCUUCUGAGAAUUAUCUAGAACAAUUCUCAUUGUAUAAAUUCUGCUACGAAAUAGCUUACCUAACGUCGGUUCUAUCGUGAAAAGUUGUUUAGCGCUUUAGCUAACUGAAGCAAGAAACAAAUAGCAAUGUUCUAGGAAAGUACUAGUGAUGAUUUGUUUCUCUAAUCUGUUUACCUAUUUUCUGUUUUUUGUUUUAUAUUCUUUUUGUAAUAACGCAGUUUGAGGCCUGUUUGUUCUUUUUGGUCACUGUUGAUAUGCCUUCUGUUUGCAUAUUUUUUACUAUCUUCUAGGAUAAUCCUAGUCCUGGAGGAUCUUUUGUACAGUUGCUAAUUGAUUCUGCUUUACUAGAGGCAAUCAGAAGGGAAAAUCCCGUAUACACCCUAUACGUUAGAAAUUGAGACACCCACGCACACUUUCACUGCGGUGGCACUUUUACAACAGCAAGAAAAAAAAAUUAAAUACCUUACAAAAUUAAAUGAAAAAAAAAAUCAAAAAACACGUUUUCUCUUGUUUGUUUUUAGUUAGCUUUAAAUUUCUGGAUGUGGAGUUUAUUCUAAUUAUUGAUAUAUUAUCACCAAGAAGAACGCUUCAACAGAGCGAAAUAUACUGAAUUCAAUUUGUAAUCUUAUUACAUUCAAACACAAAACAUAAAAACAACACUUCGCUAUUAAAAUUGUAUUUGCUAAAAAAGAUAUGUGUAUAAAAGAGGCAAAAUGUGAAAACUGCAAAUAUAAUCCCAGCUCUAAACAACAGCAACCUGUAGAGACUUAGCGGCAGAUGAAAAAAGUGUGAAAUGCUAACUGACAUGUAGUAGUCUUUUGCGUUUUGUUCUGAAUGAAAAUAAAGUACGUAUCGAAACAGAAAUCAUUAAAGCAGUCGAACUGAAAGAAAAACAACUCAACUACCCACUUCACACCAUAGUCCGAUAACUCGUUUGUCUAUCUUUUUUCUCGUUGAUAACUGUUAAUCGGGCUACAAUCUGCUAAGCAACAGAGUUCUGUAAUUGGAAAAUGACAAGCGAAGGCAGCACAUUUGUCUGUCAAAUAAAAGAGAUUGUAACUGAAACAGCAAAAGUCGAGAAACAAGAGAUCACGAAAUAAGGAAAGAGAAGAAACACAAAAAAUACAACAGCAGAUUAUAUAGCUAUAACUUUCGUUCAAUUACACGAUAAUUGUUUUUAAAUCAAUUGAAUUAAUUCAAGCGAAAAAUAUAC